UCGGACAAGUCCACUGCAGCUAACGACAAGUUGAGAUCAAGUUCGAAUAAACUUUCCUUGAGUCAACCCCCUUUUUAGAGAAGACUCCAUGCGAGCGAAGAGAGCAAACCACACCUCCUCGUACAGCUAAGCAGUUGGUUUCUUUGAUCUAAGUAUAUUUGGAGAACGGGUUGAGGUAUUUUUAGAGCAAUUGACUCCUUAAACCACGUGUGCCCACGAUGAUCAGGAUGACUGUUCAAUCGGCCCUCGUGCCAAUCCUGCUCCUGGGACUGGUUUCGGGUACGGUGGACGGCGCUCCACUCUCUUCCACCCAGCGGAAUGACACCCUGGAUCGACGCUGGGAGACCCUCUUCUCCAGAUCGUUGGCUAGGAUCCCAGGGGAGAGAAAGGAAAUUAAUCGGGACAGCGACUAUUUGCUGGGCAUCAAGAGGCUGCGUCGCCUUUACUGCAACGUGGGCAUCGGGUUUCAUAUCCAGGUUCUACCUGAUGGCAGAAUCAACGGAAUGCACAGUGAAAACCGAUACAGUUUGCUUGAGAUUUCGCCGGUGGAAGUCGGCGUCGUGAGUCUGUACGGCGUCAAAAGCGGACUUUUUGUGGCCAUGAACGGGAAAGGCAAGCUUUACGGAUCUAAAUAUUUCAACGAGGAAUGCAAAUUCAAAGAGACUUUGCUACCCAAUAACUACAACGCCUACGAGUCCAGGAGAUACCCCGGAAUGUACAUCGGCCUGAGCAAAAACGGACGGACAAAAAAAGGGAACAGGGUUUCCCCGACCAUGACUUUGACUCAUUUCCUUCCCCGGAUCUGAA